AUGUCAGACGGUCAGGCGCAGAGUCUGCGCGAACCCAUCCCUCCAACACCUUCAAGGCUCCUUGCAGACCGCACUGUAGUCCUUCAGAAGUAUCCACUUCGAAGACCCAUGUCAUGGCGGCAUUCUCUCGUUUCUCGACCUCUGCUCCAUCGAAUGUUCCCACUCCUUUCUCCUUCGUCUAGUGAUACACCUUCCGCAUCUUUCUAUCGCCUUUAUCAGUUUUUUGUCAUAGACUGGACAGUCCAGUUCCGCAACGAGCUCGAAUACUUCUGGACGCGAUCUGAGCCCGCAUGGGCACUCUCGGCCCUCCCCGACCCAUACCCUACUGAUAAACCCAAUACAGGCUCUGCUUCCAACUCAGACGAGGCAUUGCAAUACGCCAUUAUGGCUGGACUAUGUUACAUCAUGGAGAAAGCAUACAACCGCCUCAUUAUGAGAGGACUACCUCGUGACGCACCUCCCAUCGUGGAUGACUUUGAAGAGCUACAGGCACGCCCAAAACACCCCGAGAGUGUCCCAGCGUGGGCAGAAGCGGUCGUUCCGCUUGGUGAGGUGAUGGAUAUUCCUGACUCGGAGGGAAGUGUGCCUACGGAUGAGGAUGCUGAUGAAGAUUUUUUGCGCUUUGGAGUCCGGGUUGCUACGCCUCAUUGGGUUUUUGUCUGA